AUGGCCGCCCUCUCUGUCGUUUCAGCAGUGCCCUUGAACCACUCGGUUCUCUCGCGCCGUGCAACCUGCUCCGCCGAUGUCCUGUCAUGCUCCUCGAGCGGUAUCGACUCCUGCUGCUUGCCCUCCAUGGGAUUGCUACUCUUGGUCCAGCAGUGGUAUGAUGGAUUGGGGCCCUCGAACGAGUUCACAAUGCAUGGCCUCUGGCCCGAUACCUGCACUGGCGGACAGGGCCCCAGCACCGGCUGUGAUGCCAAACGCAUUUACGAUAAUGUUGAAACGCGUCUCCAGAACUACCCUGGAGCUCCCUCUGGUUUCCUCGAUCAAAUGAACACCUACUGGUCUUCGUACAAGGGUGACAACAACGCCUUCUGGGCCCAUGAGUGGUCCAAGCACGGCACCUGCGUCUCAAACUUGGCCCCCACCUGCACAUCCAACUAUGUGCAGGACCAAGAUGUCUACAGCUACUUUAGCAAGGCCCUUGCUCUGCGCUCCCAGUACAACCUGUACCAGGCUCUCGCUGCCGCAGGCAUCAAUCCUGGCUCCAAUCCCAAUGUUGCAGACAUGCACUCCGCCAUCACGAAGGCUUUUGGCGUCGAUGCUCAGAUCAACUGUGACUCUGGUGUUUUAAGUGAAAUCUGGCUGUUCUUCCAUGUCAAGAACAGUGACCAAUACGUCCCAACGGCUCCUUUGUCCAAGGGAUCCUGCAGUGGCAGCAUUUCGUACCCUGUCAAGGGCGGCUCGGUGACUCCUCCAAGCAGCACGACUACGAAGGCUACAACCACUGCAACUACUACCAAGCCCGCCACCACGACCGCCAAGCCCACAACGACCUCGCCCUCAGGCUCCAUCCCCACGGGUAAGCAGACGGGAUCUUGCUCAGCCUCAGGCGCGACUGUCUGCGUCAGCCCCGGCGUGUCGAACCAGUACUCGAAAUGCAACCAGGGCACCUGGGUCUUGAACCAGUGCAAGACUGGCCUUGUGUGCUAUAGCGACAUCAACACCACUACUCACUGCGCUUAA